AUGUCUUCUUCUGUUGAGGAGCCACUGGAUCUGAUUCGGCUGUCUCUCGAUGAGAGGAUCCACGUCAAAUGCCGCGGAGAGCGGGAGCUAAGGGGCAAGCUGCACUCGUACGACCAGCACUUGAACAUGGUGUUGGGGGAUGUGGAAGAAACGGUGACCACGGUGGAGGUGGACGAGGACACGUACGAGGAGAUCGUUCGGACUUCAAAGCGAAGUAUCGAGAUGCUCUUCGUGCGGGGGGACGUCGUAAUCUUAGUCUCCCCGCCGGUGCGCACAACAUAG